CCUUUCUGCAGUCUUUCUGUGAAAGACCAAGGCAGGCUUAUGUUUUCUGUCUUUCCCCAAACGUGGACUUUUCUAUGGAGUUGCCAUCACAAUGUUAGAACAGCAACAAAUGAAUAUGAACACGAGUACGAUCAUAUAUAUAUUAAUUAACCAUCACUUUAAAGAUGUAUUUUAUAUAUAAAUGUGUAUGUAUAAGUAUUUGGGGGGGAAAAAAUGGAGUUGAAAAAUUGUCAAACUGUCUGAGGAUGUGUGUGCGUGUGUGUGGACUAACUUGUUUAGGUGGUGCCCUCUUUUUUUUUAUACACAUUUCAUGAAUGUUUUUACAGAUGACCGAGUCUAAGGUAUUGUACAUCAACAAUUUCAGCAUCAGGAAACAACGUAUACAAAUCUUAAGGGGGGGAAAGAAAAUAAUGAAUAAAGUUCUAUUGAUGUAUUUUUUUCCAGUUGAACCUGUUGCUAUGUGUGUUUUGUUGCGUCUCAGACGGGAAUGAAGGUUGUUUUACAGUCUAAAAUAUUUUUUUCCUUAAGCACUAGGGGGCACCCAUGAGUCUUUUUUUGUAAUGUGUUACCGGAUUCUCUGGGUUGUGGAAUGCAAAAUUCCAUCAUAUGAGAUAUGCUUAUGAGCUCUCCCUGCGCAUCACAUCUUGAGCAACUCUUACCUCGAAUUCGCAUCCUUAGAAGAAAAUAUGUGAAAAUAUAUGUAUUAUUCGAAUUGGUGUUUAGACGUGGAAUGGGUAGCCAUAGCGUAGGAUGAGUCAAAGUCUUGCCAAAAAAUAAUUGGUAGGGCUAUUUUCCAUCAGAGGUCUGUGUUAUUAUUUUCUGGGUAAUGAACUCAAGCGCGUGCGUGGAUUGGUGUACUCUUCUCGCGGAUCCAGGGAAAGCAGUAACGGUGGCGCGGUGAGUCACGUGAUCGUAUCUGCUGCUGGCUGAGUGAAGCGUGUUGGCAGGUAAUAAAAAACAAAUCUUGUCUACAAACAUAAACUUGGUCUGUAUAAUGUAAAGAAACCGAUAUAUUUAGCUUCCGAUGGUUUCAUUCGUGAGCCAUCAUCAUUUGUAGUUUGUAAAAACAUGUUAUUCUCCUCGGUUUUAUUAUGCAACUCUGUUGGCUUGUUCCCCGAUAAGCUAGUUGAAGAGGGCAGCUAGCUAGCAAACGUCGGAGUGGGAUUUUUGCUAUGCUCUGUGGCCAUUUUUUAAGCAAAAUACGUUGUUUGUUCGGCCAUUCGUGGCCACACAUUGCCUAUUACCCUGAACGUUCUGCGUGUUUAUUGAUUUUCUCUGUAAGGAUAGACCACACAAAAGAUUUAACACGCGUAGCUUAUACAAGGACGCCGGGCGGUCGUGUAUUUGUUAGCUUGGUAUGUAGCUAUCCAGCUAGCAAUGCUACAACAAUUGAACAGAGGAAAUUAGUCAGGCCAGCUAGCCAGCUAACACGUUAGCUAGGACAAAGAGAUCCGACCAUAUAGCUAUUCCCAAUGCAAUUGAAGUGAUGUAGGGCUGUCCGUUUGUUGUUAUUGCGAAACAUCGUCUUAACCCCUUUUUUCGAAGAGAAGAAUAAUCCACAAGAUUGGUAACGUUAGCAGCCUUCGUUCAUAAAGGAAUCUUAUGUUGUCAUUUGCGCUCUGUUAUAUCAAUAUUUACUUUUUAAGUGUUCCACUUAUCUUACGAGCUAAGAGUCUAAUCUUUUCCUAGUAACACUAGAUUGGUACUUACUGUUGCUAUCGUUUCAGCCUAACUUACUCGUAUAUAACUGACGUGCUAUUCAUGAAGAUUUCUCAAGACCUUGGAAAUCAGAAAUAACGAUAAAUCCUAUUGUUUGUACAUUCCUAGGUGGUCGAGCCUACUGAAGUGGCAAACUCGGCGUUUGCUAGCUAAGGAUAUAAGAUUUUUCUAUUUUGUACAUACAUUGUUUUGUAUAUACUGUAUAUGAUGACUUCAUUAGGCAGCGACCGAGCCCGGGGCUCUCGGGACAAGGUGCUGCCCGCAACCACACAGAACUCUCAGCCACAGAAACAGCCACAGGCAACCGCCGAACAGAUCCGACUUGCCCAGAUGAUCUACGAUAAGAACGAUGCAGACUUCGAAGACAAAGUCAAACAGCUCAUGGAGGUGACGGGGAAGAACCAGGAUGAGUGCAUGGUGGCGCUGCACGACAGCAACGAGGACGUGAACCGAGCCAUCAACUUCCUGCUGGAAGGGACCUCGGAUACGACCGCCUCUUGGGAGACCGUGGGGAAGAAGAAGGUGGGAAAGGACAGUGGCCCGUCAGAGAGCAAGGAGAACCGAGAGAACCGGGACAGGCGCGGAGAGCGGGAGGGCAGCCGCGGACGCGGAGGGCCCAGCAAGAGGGGCCGGGGAGGCAGUCGCAGCCGGCCCGGUGAGGUGCGGGCAGAGGAGAAUGGGGUGGAACCUGCUCCUGUGGAAAGAGGCGCUGACCAUGGGCGCAGAGGCAGAGGACGGGUUGCUGGAACCAGGGGAAGAGGCAGAGCCCCAGGGACCAGCCGGUUUACAGCACAGGGAAUGGGGUGGGUACAUCUCCAGCAUUGGCACAGUGGUGGCGAUACAGAGACCUUCAACCCUGCGGACUACACCACAGAGGCAGGCAGGGCUGCCGCACAGGCACAGGCGGAGAACUGGGAGGCAGGGGCCAAUGACGCCACAGAUGGACCAGUGGCUUGGAGGAGCCCUCUGGAGGACUGGGCCGCAGAAGACUGGAGUGAGGACCUCUCCGAGACCAAAGUGUUCACCGCCUCUUGUGCACCGACUACGGAGAACCACGUCACAGCUGGCCAAAGUCUGGACCUGGCCUCUCUGCUUCAGAAGCCGGCCGGCAGGGAGGAAGUGGGUGGGGGCCUGAAGGCUCCCUCGUCCGCUCCCCUGGGGCACAGCCUGGUGUUCACCAACUCCCACCACCACGCCACCCGCAACGGGGGCACCACACCGGGCACUGCCAGCUACGCACACGCCACCCUGUCGUCUGUGCUUGGUUCUGGUUUCGGCGAGCUAGGGGGCCCUAAGCUGGGCCAGUCUGCCGGUGCUCAGAUCCUGGAGCAGCUGAAGGGACCAGGCCUGGGGCCGCUGCCCACGCAGCCGCCCAGCAGCUCAGGGGCCAACCACACCCCUGUGGUGGGGGGCCUGGGGGGAACGGCGGGGCCGGCCGCACCCCCUCCCUCAUCCACCAUGGUUUCGUCGUCAUGGGACGUGAAGCCACCUGUGACGCAGGCCUCCAUGGCUAUGCCGUCACAGUUCAGCCGUGAGUUUAAGAUGCAGCCGGAGCCGUCUCUGGUGCUGAGCCAGCUGGCACAGAGGCAGACCCCCAACGCCCUGAGCCACGCCAGCCCCCUCCCCCUGGCCCGGCAGCAGCCCAGCCCCCCGCCGGCCUCCUCCGCCCCCGCCGGCCUCCUGGAGCCCUUCCCCAAGCUGCCGGAGCCCUUGCUGCUGCAGCAGCAGCAACAGAUGCAUGACGCCCAGGCUGCGGCCAACGCACAACAGCAGAGGCAGAUGAAGACGCAGAAACGCAGGAUACCUCCCAGCUCCAAGAUCCCCUCGUCUGCAGUGGAGAUGCCGGGCUCAGCAGACGUGUUGGGGCUGAAUGUGCAGUUCGGGGCGCUGGACUUUGGCUCGGAGUCGGCCAUGCCGGACUUCAGCGCGCCUUCAGAGGUCGGCACCACCACCAACAGCAGCAGCACCAUCAGCAGCGACGCAGCCAGAGACACUCCUGCUGUCAGUCAAACACAGAGCAGCCUCUACUCCAAACCUAUCAGUGAGGCUCUGACCAACCCGGUUCCCCUGCUGAUGCCUAUGUCCUCCGCGGACAUCAUCUACUCCUCGGCCUCCGUGCCCAUGCCCAGCCUGGCGCCCUCGCUCAGCAUCGCCAGCGCGGCCCCCAUGUCCUCCGUCACGUCCUCCUCCUCCGCCUCCUCGGCGGCCAGCAGCUUUGACUGUGGAGUGCCCCCUCACUCACGGCUCGCCUUCUCGCAGAGCAAAGAAGCCCCCGGCCCUGUGACGAAUGGAUAUAAUGGUGUGAGGACAUCAGCUGCUCUUGACUCCACAUCCGCGUCCUCAACCCCCAAACCGGAGUCGCCCUCUCUGGGCAGCACUGGCAGUGGGCCCCCCUCCGCUCCCUCGGCCCACCUGCCCCCCUCCAUGCCCCCCCACAGCACAACACUCUCCAGCCUGGCAGCUGAGCACCCCUCCGCCAGCCUCCCCCCUCUCAGCAGUCAUGUAAGCAGCGUCCACUCUGCACUUCCUACCAGCUCUUCUCACACAGUGAGUCAUCUCAUCUCAGCCCAUCACUCCAGUGUGGACAGCGUGAACUCGCUGGCUCCCCCUGCCUCUGUGGCAUACUCAGGGGCGCAGACAGCAGGCCUGCCCAUCAGCAGCGGGGGGUCCAUGGGCAUGGUCAGCAACAGCGCCAUGCUCCACGGCUCCGGGGUGCUGGGCCUCACGGCCAAUGGGACCACAAACAACGCCAACACGGUGUCGGCCAUGAGGGCCGCACCACUGCUGUCCUCCUCUACCAGUAAAGCACCUCCUAACCUGUCUCAGGGGGUUCCUCCUCUUCUGCCCAACCAGUACAUCAUGGGUCCCGGAGGCCUCCUGCCAGCAUACCCGAUUUAUGGAUAUGAAGACUUGCACAUGCUGCAGUCUAGAUUACCCAUGGACUACUACGGAAUCACAUUCCCAGGCCCUGCGGCAGCUCUCUCCAGCAGAGACGGCGGCCUUGCCAACAACCCUUACUCAGGUGAAGUCACAAAAUUUGGGCGUGGCGACUCCACCUCUCCGGCUCCCCCCAGCUCGCUGUCGGCGGGCCACGCGGGCCAGGCUCCCCAGGCUCAGCAGCAGGGCCAGAGCGGCAGUGGCAACGCCCCCCAGACGCAGGGGCACCACGCGGCACAGCAGGCCUUCCUCAACCCGGCGCUGCCCCCGGGCUACAGCUACACGGGCCUGCCCUACUACCCCGGGAUGCCCGGUGUGCCCAACGCCUUCCAGUACGCCCCCACCAUGUUUGUGCCGCCGGCCUCGGCCAAGCAGCACGGCAUGGGCCUCAGCAACGCCCCUCAAGCCACGCCAUUCCAGCAGCCUAGCAGCUACGGCCAGCACACCUUUAGCUCAGGUACAGCCUCUCACAGCUACGGCCAGCAGACCUUAAGCUCAGGGUACGACGACCUGACGCAGGGUCCGGCAGGAGCAGACUACAGCAAAGGCUACAGCAGCUCCAACCAGACACAGGCCAAAUCUGCUGCCUCCGGCCCGGGGAAAGGUGUCUCUGUGACGUCUAGUAACUCCGGUGUGCCAGAUAUCAGUGGAACAGUUUACAAUAAGACCCAGUCGUUUGAUAAGCAGGGUUUCCAUGCUGGUACCCCUCCCCCCUUCUCCCUGCCGUCAGCUCUGGGGGGCACUGGGCAGCUCAACCCUGGGGGGGCUCCGGGUUACGCACCCGCCCCCUUCCUGCACAUCCUCCCCCCGCAUCAGCAGCCUCACUCCCAGCUCCUGCAUCACCACCUGAGCCAGGACACACAGGGUGGUCUGAACCAGAGGAGCCAGUCCAGCAGCAUGCAGCAGAAGACACAGGUCAACAAGUCCAGUUAUGGCAGCUCCCCUUACUGGGGCAACUAAGCGUGUGCGCGAGCGCGUGUGUGUGAGUGAACGUGUGUGCGUGUGUGUGUGUGUAUUUGGGCACACAUGUGCUACCAGUUGUGCAAGCCCACACCACAGCACCCAACCCACCAACCUCCCUUUACCUGACAAAUGAGAGGGAUAAACCAUUUCCAUCAUCAUCAUGACACACGCAUGCGCGCACACACACAUACACACACACGAAUACGCUCCACACUCAAACCAGAUACAUAUGUACACACUACCUUCUCCCUGUUGAUCUCUCAUCUCCCCCUUUUCAAAGUUUUGGCUGUUGUAUGUAAAAUAUAUUUAUGUAUGUAUUUAUACAGUAUGCUAUGUAUUGGUAGGAUAUGAAAUGUGGUCAUCUGCAUUUUGUUUUUGAAGGAUCUUUUUAUUAAUUUCCAAAAUGGUAAAGAUAUAAGCAAAUGUCGAUGCAGAGAAUUUAAGACAAAAAAACAAACAAACAACUGGCUGAAACUUAAAAACCACAGGUGAAUAUACUUGAAUCAGUGCAUCAUGAGAGACGGCAGUUCUUUUUAUUUUAUUUUUUUUGUAUACAUACACAGAAAUUCUAAAUGACGGUGUACAUUAUCGCAGAGCAUCAUCUUAUUGGUGAAGCCUUUUUUAAAGAACUUUUUUGUAUUUUUUUUUCUUUGUCCCAGCCCCUUCAUUUUGUUGGACCUGUAAACUGUUUUCUAUUGAAGAGGGUGGAGUUUUGGCUCUUGCUAGCCAAGCACCGCCCCUGAAUUCAUGUCCCCUCCCCUCCCCGAUCCCUUCCCCUUGUCUAAAUUGGCUGACCACGUAGCUGCAGUUUUAAAUUGAUUAAUUCGUAUCAUUUUAUCAGAAACUUUUUGAUUUUACCCUUGUUGUCCAAAUAAUAAAAACAAAAAACUGA